AUGCCAGAGAAGACUGAUCAAGCCGAGCUCGAAUUAGAACUUGAGGAAGCAGCAUCAAACCCUGUGGAAGAGACGCUGGCGGAAAGGCGUGCUCGGCGUCAGGCAAUCCGUGCCAAAUACGCCGGAACCGCUUCAGCAGCCCUCAGUAUGAAUGAGACGGCAAGUCCAAGCCCCGGACUAAGCAGUGCGGUCUUGCAGCCGCCUCCUACCACUUCAGAGGUUAAUAUUGAGCAUAAGAACUACAGGCCCGGUCCAAUAGCGGGUGCCACUGAGAAACUUGGCGGAAGUUUGGUUGCGAGUAAGCUAUUGUCCUUUCCGCAUACUAACCCAGCUUCGCCGCAGCCAAUGUCACCAGCGAUAGAGUCCUUCGAUCUUAUCAAGGAGGAUAAGCCGUCAGAUUCUGCGGUCCAAGUUGCUGACGGAACGGGUGAGCAAAUAUCCGCCGCUGACUACGAUCCCAGCUUCGACCGUAGGGAGGACGAGGAAAAGCGAGUUCGUGCCGUCACUGCUAAGGAUGAAAAGCAUCAGGAGAUAGAAAUGAUAGAAGUCGAAGAGGAGGAAGAGGAAGAAGACGUGGACGACAUGUUCGCUCUUGACACAGUUGAGAAAAAGAAAACUAAGAAAGUCAGAAAGAUCUCGAAACCCGCUGCACCUGCUCUUGUUACGGCUACACUUGACACUGCGGCUGACGCGGAAGGUUACUAUCAGGUCAUUCUCGCUGAGCAGCUUGACGGCGGGAAAUAUCAAGUUUUCUCGUCAUUAGGCAAAGGAAUGUUCGCGAACGUCGUUCGGGCGCGCAUUCUGCACGGCGACGCAAGUGAAGUUGGUAAGGAAGUCGCGAUCAAGAUUAUCCGUGCUCAGGAAUCGAUGUAUAAAGCUGGGUUGAAGGAGGCACAAAUUUUGACCAAGCUCCGCCAAGCCGAUCCGGAGGACAAGAAACACAUUGUCCGCUUAGAAAGGACUUUCGAACAUCGCGGUCAUUUAUGCCUUGUCUUCGAAUCUUUGAGCAUGAACUUACGUGACGUCGUCAAACGCUUUGGUAAAGAUGUCGGCCUCAAUAUCCGUGCUGUACGAGCAUAUGCUCACCAGCUCUUCCUUGCUAUGAGUCUACUGCGCAAGUGUAACAUUAUGCACGCAGAUGUCAAGCCUGAUAAUAUUCUGGCAAAUGAACAAAAAACUGUACUGAAAGUUUGCGAUCUCGGCUCUGCUUCGGACGUUUCAGAGAAUGAGAUCACACCUUACCUUGUCAGUCGAUUCUACCGAGCUCCAGAGAUUAUCUUGGGUGUCCCGUACGAUUGCGCUUUGGAUAUCUGGUCUAUCGGCUGCACCUUAUACGAGCUUUAUACUGGAAAAAUUCUGUUUCCGGGACGAUCUAACAACCAAAUGCUCCUGCUUAUGAUGGAGCUAAAGGGCCGCUUUAACUCCAAAAUGAUUAAGAAAGCAAAGUUUGGCGAGGACUACUUUGAUGAGAUGGGUACCUUCCAAAGUGUGGAACGAGACAAAGUGACAGGAGCAGAUAUCAUCCGAAAGGUGCAUAUCGCGAAACCUACACGGGAUUUACGUGCUCGUCUCUUGUCUUCCUCUUCCAGGGUCAAUGAUGAGGAGGACAAACUAAUUUUAUCUUUCAUUGACUUACUGGACAAGUGCUUAAUGUUGGAUCCGAGUAGAAGAAUUAUGCCAAAGGAGGCUUUGGUUCAUCCGUUUAUCAGAGGUUAG